CAACCAUCAAAAUGCCUCAAGCAUCCAUCCUCGACCUCCCCGCCGAGAUCCUGACAGGUAUCCUCACUCUCACCUGCGAGAAGCUCUAUGGAAACACCUUCGCCCACACAACCACCACUCUCCUCACCUGCCAUCGAUUUUACAGCCUCACCCUCCCGAUCCUCUACCGCGAUCUGGAAUUCUCGUUUCCUCACGGGCAGAAGACGACCCUCCUGCUCGACACACUGCAAUCUAACCCCGCCCUGCGUCUGCUUGUUCGGUCACUUGUCCUAACCUUUGGGUCGGAGUAUUGGGCCGUGACCACCGGCAUCACGGUAGACGACUAUAUGGCCGCCGCGGACGUGCUGUGCUGGUGUCGCGCAGUCCACACGCUGCAGAUCCGAGGAGAGGAGCGCUUCCAGCUCGAAGACAUCGGAGGGCGGGACCUAAAUGGUUGGAGAUGGGAGCUCGUGCAUUAUGCGUUCCGGCAUCUACCCGCAUUGCAACGGGUGCACAUGUCUCGGUGGGUGAAUUCGCCUGGAUUUGGCUUUGGCAUGCGGUUCGAUUGCCAGCUGCGGGGCUACAGGGAGUGGUGUGAGCUUCCGGGCAAUGAGUCGGAGGAUGUUUUGGCCUUAAAGGAUCAUACUUGUGAAUACUGUGCGCGAUCGAAUGAUGACCCGGUUCUGCAGCGACAGACAACCAGGUUGAUAGAAUUCAGCGUGGCGUUCGAUCAUACCUUUUCGGAUUUAGCAAUUAGUGUUGAGGUUUUCAUUUUCCACGACUGGCUAGAAAGCCAUCCCCACACCCUUCGGCGCAUGGUCUUCGGAAAGGACAGGUUCCAAAAUCCAGGAUCAUUCUUCCGGGUGGCGGACUUCUCAAAUCUUCACACGGUGGUCUAUCCCCCUUUCCAGUUGAAGCGGAUUUCCCCCGAUUCGUACGAUCCUCCCGUGGCAGCGAUGGAUCGGCUCCUUGGCCCGGCAGUGAAAACGAUUGUCUGGGACCUGACCAGCUACGAUCCAGAGCGCGCCCCAUCCUGGGACUUAUUUGGAGAGGAGGAGGAGCAGUGGUUGCGCGAAUUUGCUAAAAUGGCCGUUGACAGGAACACAUCGCUCCAGACUAUACGGAUCGAAUUUGCGCCAGACCAAUCUACAUCGAGUCUGGAGUCCUUGAAGGCCGGUUAUCCCUGGGACCGGAUAGAGCGAUUACGAGGCGAUAUUCAGCCAUUGGGGGUAAGCCUGGAGUAUACGCCGCCGACUGUAACCCGUGAAGAAUACAGGAAGGAGGUCACGGACAGGGAGGCGUCUCAGAGGAGAGUCUUCUCAGGGUGGACACCGAAGUGUCAGCUGGAUAUCAUUCGCAGUGAGUAAGGCGCGGUUUGCGCUAGUGGAGUGGAAUGACGAUACAACGUUGAAUGGUGACCACAUUCCCUUCAUAUUUACCAAUAUACAUAUGCCGCCUCAGUACCAGCUCAAGAAAUGGGUACGUCAGUG